GAAAAAUGUCAUUAUCGAUUCAGCGAUUUUAGCCUACAGACGAUAUCAUUACGCUGAAAUCCUCUGAGAUAUGAGAAGUACAUUGUAUUUGCUGGCAUUAGUCUGUACAGUGGUUUUGGCUGGUGAUGUCAUAUUGCCAGAAACCCUAUACAACAGCACAGUGUGUCGCUCAUCGCUGAAUCCUACUGUCCAUCUGAACUGUAGUAAUUCACUUUAUAACCCGGAUGUCAUAGCUAUAGCUUCAAUCAAAUCAGUAACGAGACCACAGGACAGCACUUGCGCUGGCAAUGGAAGCUGUUGUGGUCAUAUCGAGACAGGAGACUGUGUUUCCGCGUACUCUUCUGAGUUGUAUGAGGAGUGCAUGGGACAGGAGUUAACGUGCCGUCAUCCAGUCAGCGUACUGACGAUUCCUACCCCACAGGAAUGUCUUAAUCUUAACAGUAUGCCAUAUCCGCCAAACAUUGAUUUUGUGGAAGUUCAAUAUUAUUGCAUAAAGUCUGACAAGAUAAACAGUCCAUGUCCAGGAAAAAACUCCACAAGUAAGUAUGAGAUCGUUUAUCUUCAAACAAUGGAUUAUCCUCAACCAACGGGAAGACAGGAGGAGGUUUGGUGUGAAGUAUCGUCGUCAGCUCCCAGUAUCAAAAUGAUUGUUCUUGAUUCCAAAGAUAUCGACAAUCUUUCAGUGAUAAACAAUAUUACUUGUGAUGUUUUAUACACGCACAUAUUCCACACGUCGUAUAAUAACAGUCACAGAAUUGAAGAGGUUGCGAACUUGACAGGCAAUUUUUACGUCCAUUUUACGGGAUGUGGAAAGUUAUGGAUCGGAUUUUUGUCAGAAAAGGAAAGAAUUUCUAUCAAUUGUGGAAUAUCAGUCAAUUCGAGUUGUUAUCAGAGUAAUCGGACAAGUUGUAGUGCUUCCAAUAAAGAAAAGAAAGUCGCUCUGUGGUGGAUUGCAUCGAUCGCUGUAUUGAUUCCAGGCAGUCUUAUCGUUGUGUUCUUCUUUAAGAAGUUCAAGAAUAAACAAAAGGGGAUGCAGGCGAGUCCUUUCCGGGGAAAUACGAUUAGUAGAGAUGAUCGCCCUGUAAUCAAACCUCGAAAACGGAAGAACAGAAUAAAAAAGGGUAAAACUAAAGAAAGCAUGAGAAACAGUGUUACUGCAGAAAAUGUUUCUGAUCGGAGAGAAGGCGGAUCAGAACAAUCAAGUACAGAUCUACAAACAAUCGGGGAGCAUGGUGGGAAUACUAGUACUCAUGAAGAACAGCUUGUUAAUCCAGAAAGUGCACAGAACACAGACAGUGGUUUUCAGUACGUGAAGGAUCGCGAUCCUAGUGAGAAUUCUCGUUUUGAAGUCAGACAAACUGGACAUGCAAGAAACACAGAGGGUAUGCCACCUGUUGAACAAACGGAUCGUGAGUGGUUGCUUACAGAAAAUAUCACUCCAAAAAUAAGAGAAUACUCAGAGAUAACAAUUGACUACGAUGAAAAAAUUGAAGAUUACAAUCAACAAGUGCUGAAUGUUUUGCCGACUUGAUUUUCAGAGCCGAAAAGUAGCUAACAGCCAUUCUUUUUCCUAUCAACGUGCAUAUACUUUAUUUCAUUUGCAAAACGCGGUUUCAUUGCUUCAUAUGUUUGACUUUAUCAAUAUUCUAAUUUCGCAUCAAAUAAGUUGACAUUAGGUUGCACCGUAUGACGUCCUGGGAAUGCAUCACCAUACAUUUUGCUCUUUUUCUCAUGUUGUUGCUAUUGUAAUAAUGUGCCGUGUUAAAUAGAAUUCAAAAUUCUUAUCUAUAAUAAAAAAAU